GCUCUAACUACGCGAGGGUGCUUGGUUUCACGACGUCAGUAGUUGCAGCUUGCCCAUUGUCAGCGUGUUGCAAUGUAGAAUCGCCAAAAUAUUUUGCUGGUUUUUCGUUAUGCGGUAAGGAGUGUGAAGAAAUCGAGGACGAGAAAAUAGCUAAUCGUGUACAACAGAUAAAAUCAGAAGAAGUUUCUGGUAGUGUAUAUAUGUGCAGUGCGAGCCCGAUAUGGUUCUCAAUCUGAAUGGCGGUGCAUUCAAUUUGUACGGUGACGGUUGUCGACAGGGAGCGGUGUGUGAUUACACAUUCGGUAAUUUCUGCAGACCAAUCGGGAUAUAUAAUGCUAUUGUUGACUAUAACACAAUUAUUGUGCCAGUCUGUCCUACAUUUGCGUGCUGCAACCCUGAGAACAGUACAUUGAAUUUCGACUUCACACUUUGUGAUUUUGAUUGCGAGAGUGAUGAUGAUACGGAGGACGAUCCAACACAUUGCCUUGUAGUUGGCGUUGUACACGUCAAAAAAGGUAUGUUUGCAGUGCGAAGCCGGUAUGGUAAGGUAUCGUCCGGCCGCCCUGUACCAGUUAAGUGGGAGGUUGCGAAUAAGCUGCUGGCUAUAGUAGCGUAGACAAAAACUGUACUUCCUCCGACUUACUGCCGAACCUCAUUUCUAGCUCUCCGAUCGUUGCCACUUGCCAUAUCGAGGAAUGUUGUCACCAACCAACUGCCGUCUUUAUUGAUGGAUUUACGACAUGCUCCGGUCAGUGCUCUACUGAUGAUCCGUUGAUAGGUAUGACCUCAACUCUUUUCCCCAUAUGAAUACCCUUCUACUUCCAUAUAUAUAUAUGAUAUCACCUG